UUUAAAAUUAUAAAUUUUCAUGAUAAUCCAACCUAAUAAAACUUUCAAGUGGUGCGUCCCCACCCCUGGCUUAGCCGUGAUAGCUGAAAUCAGGGUACGGGAGAGAAGAUGGAAGGGGUUUCAUGGAAGUCGGCGAUACUGGAAGGAGCAUACGACGCGUGUGGAUGGCUGGCCUUCGCAUUCUGGUCCAGCUGCUUAUACCCCCAGCUGUUCUUGAAUUUCCGAAGAAAGAGCGUGGUGGGUCUGAACUUCAACUACGCCUUGAUGAACAAUACCAAGCACGCCGUGUAUUUCAUCUACAACGCUUGCCUGUACUUCAGUCCCGACGUCCAGUUCCAGUACCGCUCCAAAUAUGGAUUUCACCAGAUGAUACCAGUAGCAGCAAACGACGUGGCGUUAUCAUUUCACUUUGUCGUUUUGACACUGCUCACCCUGUUGCAGAUAGCAACUUACGACCGAGGAAAUCAAUCGCUGUCGAAAUUCACCAUUAUUAUGGUUGGUGGGGUGUGGUUGGGUGUUGUCGUUUGUUGCUUUGUGGCCUGGCCUUCUCACUCUUGGCUCUGGUUUCUCUCCAUCUUAACCUCCAUUCAAGUGUGUAUGACGGCCAUCAAAUAUAUACCCCAGGCGUUGAUGAAUUAUUUGAGGAAGAGCACGGAAGGAUUCAGCAUCGGUUAUGUUCUGCUUGAUUUUUCUGGAGGAACCUUAAGCUACGCUCAAAUGAUUAUGCAGUCCAUCGAUCAAAAUUCUUGGGUCAACUUGUACGGAAACAUUGGAAAAGUCUUGCUCUCUUUGGUAUCAAUGUUGUUCGACCUUGUGUUCAUGUGGCAGCACUAUUUGCUGUACCCCAACACAAAAGGACCUCAUUCUUCCAAGUUGGAUGAGCAGAUCACAGAACCACUGGUGACUCCCUUAUCACAGCAAGAUACUUCUGUUACUACACCUGAUAAGUCAUCCACCAUCCAAGGUGCAUGAACAUUUUAGUUUUAGUAUUAUAGAAAAAAGCCCAUUUGUAUUAACCAAGCAUGUAAAAAGUCCAUCAUCGUUAAUAUCAAUAAUUAUGUAAAAAUGUUUGCUAAUUAUUAUCAACAUGAUCAUAUUGGUUACUCUCAGAUUUCUUGGUCAUGUUUGUUCGCAAUUCCAGUUUGUAAAUAUCAAUAUUUGUUAUUCAAUUUUUAAAAUUUUUUAUAGAAGACAUGAAUGUUAUUGAUUCA